AAGUUUCUGAAAAUACACUGUCUUCAGACCGGUCUGUGGGCUGUAGGCCGCUGCAUUCCUAUCCUGUGUGAGCCUUUGCCCAUUAUUCUCCAGGGAAUGUACAACUGUACCCGUGGACUAGAGGUGGACAGCAAAUGUACCUUGUACUGCACAUCUUACACGGUGACUACUGUGUGCAGUAAAGAUGGGACCUGGACAGAAAAAUUGAGCCUUUGUGAGGGACUUACUGGAACGUGCCCUCCACCACCAGAAAUCAAUGACAUCUACUACACAUGUGAGAAUGGAAACUUGAUUGGAGAAAACUGCACAGCUUCUUGUGUCUAUCCACCCAAUGACCCGGUGAUCCUACCAGACAACAUGACAGCUGAUUCUGUAGAGCACUGGAUGAACCCUACUAAGGUGCAGAGUAUUAUGUGCACAGGAACACUGAAAUGGUACCCCGAUCCUGCCAUAUUACACUGUAUUCCAUCUUGUGAGCCCUUUCAAGCAGAUGGCUGGUGUGACACAAUUAAUAACCGUGCGUAUUGUCAGUAUGACGGAGGAGACUGCUGUGCCUCUACCCUGUCCUCACACAAGGGUCAGGUGGUUCCUUUUGGGGCAGAAUGUGAGGAAGAUGAAUGUACCUGU